AUGUUGCCUUAUCAGAAGUAUAUGGAGGAUGUGGUGCUUGGCCAAGAACUGUUGAAUCAAUUCCCUCAUCAGAGGUCCAGCCACAGCUCCCACUCCUACGACAAUGACCUGCGUACUCGCACCGUUGAGGAGGACGAGCCCACACCCAAGGUCCUCCUCAAGCCGAAACCUACCCACAAGUGGUUUGCUGUCAAAGAGAUUGUGAACCGCGAAACAGGCUGCGGUGGAAGGUGGCAAGGUCCAGAAAGGUUCCAGCACCGAUACUACGGCUCACUGCACGCAGUUCAGCGACUGGAACUGAUGUAUAAGCUGGACGAACACUACGGCUGUGUCAACAGUUUACACUUCAACCGGUCCGGAGAGCUGCUGGUCAGCGCUAGCGACGACAAGCGAGUGGUACUCUGGGACUGGGCUGCUGACCGUUCCAUACUCAGCUACGAUAGUGGCCAUUCAGGCAACGUCUUUCAGGCCAAGUUCCUGCCGCUGAGUGGGGACAGACACAUCGUGACUUGUGCCCGUGAUGGCCAGGUGAGGCUGAGUGUACUGAGCGGUGUGGGGGUGUGCAAGGGCACGAGACUGCUGGCGCAACACCGUCGCACCACUCACAAGCUUGCCACUCACCACGACACACCACACGUCUUCCUGUCAGCUGGUGAAGACGCCUUGGUGCUUAGUCAUGAUGUGCGCACCAACAAAGCUUCCAAACUGCUGUUUGUGAAGGAGGGUGCCAACAAGAUGGGACUGUACAGUAUCCACAGCAACCCUGUAUGCAGCAAUGAGUUCAUUGUAACUGGUGAAGACCAGUACAUACGACUCUAUGACAAGCGGAACAUCAGUGACGGCAGACCUCUCAGCAAGUUUUGUCCUACACACUUGUUAAAACCCGACGUCUUUCUUUCUCCAUGUGACUUGGUUGCCGUUUUCAACUAUAACGGCACAGAAGUGAUUGGUUCGUACAAUGAUGACGACAUUUAUCUAUUCGAUACGAGAUUACCCUCUGAAGCUGACUAUGUUCAUAAAUAUGAAGGACACCGGAAUAGCAUGACAGUGAAAGGAGUGAAUUUCUUCGGUCCUCGCAGUGAGUUCAUCGUGUCUGGUUCGGACUGUGGAAACAUCUUCUUUUGGGACAAGAACACAGAGUCCAUUGUUCAGUGGAUGAGGGGCGACGAGGAGGGAGUUGUGAAACUGCUUGGAGCCACAUCCUCAGGUACCCAUCAUCGCCACCAGUGGUCUGGACAGUGACAUCAAGAUAUGGGUGCCUUCGUGCGAGCAGGAACCAUGCUAUGAAAGGACUUAAGUCUACUGUGAUCAACAACCAAUGUGAUCGUGAUAACAGCAGCGGUCGCCGCUCUGAUGCCUUCGACAACAGACAGAUGCGAUGGCUGUGGCGGCAGAUACAGCGCUUUG